GGCAUGUCGCGCGGGCCGGCAUAAUCACUCCCCCUACACGCACCGGCGGGCCGCUCGAAGGGGCCGCGCGCGCGUUCGUCGCGAUCGAGAAUCCACGCUAGUUCCGCCGACGCAGCCGAGCCGGGUGCCUCGGACACGCUCCACUGGCCGCGUUUCGUUCGUUUCCUUUCGCUUCCCACACGACUGGCCAUGCAGAGGAGCACGUGACCUGAAGAAAGGCAGGCUUGAUGGCCGCCGACAGUCCCCCUCGGCAGGCCGGGGUCAGGGCCAGGGGUCAGCGGCCGCUAUCGCUGUACGACAACAUCGCGCAGCAGCCGGACAUGUCGAUGGCCGAGCUGGGCGCGUCGGCCCUGCUGGACGCGUCGGCCACUGCCGAUGCGCCGCCCUCGCAGGCCGUCAACCUGACCACCACGGUGCCGGUCAACCUGGCCCGCACCCCCCUGUCGGCGCGCCACCAGCCGACCAGGGCGUCCAUCAGGCACAGCAGGAUGCUCGUCCUCAGUCAGCAGAACGGAAGAGUUCCUUUGCGCUAUUUACCCCCCGUUGUCCGGUGGCACAACUUGGCCGCCUUCCUGUCCACCUUCUUGGCCGUGGCCGGAGUGAUCGCAAUCGUCGUCGCCUUUUUCCUCGUCCUGCAAGCUCCAUUCCUGCUCUUCAGAGACCUACCCUUCUGGAGUGGCGCCCUCAAUUUAACGGCCGGCCUGGCGGGGUUGAUUUUGGUGUGCUGGUGCCGGCGACUGGCCCCGGGAGUGCCUGCCCCUGACUGGGUCUGUGAAGCCAACCAGUCGUGCAUUGCCCUGUGCAUUUGCUUCAUGAUUUUCUCGUUGUUCGCCAGCGUUUGUUCACUCGUGUCACACAUCAUCCGUCUCAUCUGGAUAUUCGAAGUCAAGUGCAUCUUAAAAGCAACAGAUUUUACCAACAAUUCUACACUGCCUCUGUUGGACGAAACGUUAACAAACUCUACCGACUCCGUCGUCGACUUUGUGCCGACGGACACAAGUAAUUGUGAUUGCGUGGACAGCAGCAGCGGUGCCGAGUGGCCCGGACUGGGGUGUCCGACGCAACGGGACGACCUCGUGCUGCUGCUGCUCGGCUCAGUGGCCACGCACAUGGUGGCCGCGGUCGUCAUCCUCGGCUACCUGCUCAUUCACUGGAGGAGCCGGCACUACAACCAGAGCGUCUACUCUGCCGUCCAAAGACCUGUUCCUCCGCCCAUUGUCACGAGCACAAACUCUCAGGAAACGAAUGAGUGUUGAUUCCGAAGGAAUCUGUAUUAUUGUUUAAGAAGUUUAUAAUGAUUCAUCGAAAUUUGCAGCAAUUAUUGAAUUUGCGAAAGAAAGGAAAUUACAGAAAAGUGUCGAAUAUUUAUUUUACACUUCUUCAUCUUGUCCCCAAAUUCAUGAACAUUUGUGUCAAAGGUUCAUUUAGUUCCCGCCAUUAUAUAGGAAAAAUCAUCAGUUUUAUCAAAUGAAUUGAAGAAAUUGUUUAGCCUUAAAAAGUCGUGUUUUAAAAUAAGGGAAGAGAGACAACGGAAAUUUUUAAGAGGUUUUUAAACAAGCUCUUAGAGGUAACUCAUCAUUCACCUGUUUCAUUUUUUUAUCUGUCAAAUGUUGAAAAGUGUAAAAUAUCAUUUGUUAAAGCGCAGUUAUAUGGUUAAUAAAUCUUAAAAAUUUAAAUAAA